UGAAAAGCACUGAUCUAGAGCUUCAUCGUGGACAUUUACAUAAAGAUGCAGAGGAGGAGUCUGACAAUCUGACAGAUAUAAAGAGUGUUUGUGGCAGACUGAAGAACACAAAUGAUAAAACUGAUCUCUGCUGUGAUCUACUGAGGAGAGAUUGAGAAGAUGGCAAUGUUGGUGUUUUUAGCAGCUCUUCUCUCUGCUGUUCUUAUGAGCAGAUGCACUCAGAAUAUAAACAUUCCAGUCGACUGUUCUGACAUUUAUAAAUCAGGACAAACAGUCAGUGGGAUUUACUCCAUCUAUCCAGCAGGAGACAUUCCCGUCUCGGUUUACUGUGAGAUGAUCUCCGGUGGGAAAGCUGAAGACAACGGAGCAUGGACGGUGUUUCAGAGGAGAAUGGACGGCACUGUGAAUUUCUAUCGGCCAUGGGAUCAGUACAAGAGAGGAUUUGGGAAUGAGGAGGGAGAAUACUGGCUGGGGCUGGAGAACAUGUACCAGCUGACACGUAAGAACAAGUACAUGCUGAGAGUGGAUCUGGAGGACUUCACCGGGAGGAAAGGUUUCGCUCUGUACUCGUCCUUUUCUGUGGGUCGUGAAACCCAAGGGUACAAACUACAUGUUUCAGGAUUCACUGAUGGAGGAGCAGGAGACUCUAUGACCAUCCAUGAUGGACAGAAGUUCACCACCUUUGACAAAGACCAAGACGCCUAUGAAACAAACUGUGCCAAACUGUUUCUUGGGGCGUUUUGGUACUAUAAGUGUCACUAUGCAAACCCCAAUGGUGUGUAUUUAUGGGGAGAUGAUCCCACCCUUUUCGCUGUUGGAAAUGUUUGGUACACAUGGAAGAAUAAUUAUUCUGUUGGUAUGAAAUCCAUCAGCAUGAAGAUCAGACGUGUCUCUUAGACAUUUGAAGAAACCAUACAAUGUUUCUCAGAAAUAAACAAUACAAUCAAAUGAA